AUGAAUCGAAUCAGAUCGGCUUGCUUGAAAACAAGUUCCUCCAAAACCUGCUUCGCAAGUUUGUCCGGGGACCUUGCGGAGGCAAUAGGACUGAGAGUUCAGGUGUGUCUUGAGAAAUUUUUCUUUAUUCUGCUUUAUUGCCUAGAGCAAAAAAAAAAAACAGUGAAUCGAAAGUAUCGGUUUUGCUUGGCAUAAGACUUAAACAAUUCCUUGUUUCUUAGUCACAUAUGCUCUUUGUUGAGCUACAUACUUUUUCUUUUCUUUAUUUUUUAUAAUAAUCCAUUUUUCAUUCAGUACCCUUAAUUCACAUAGUGCACCCUAUAUCAUACCUACCAACCUCCGGAAUACAAAAAUCUGGAGACGUCUAGAAGUCUUUGUAUUGUAAGAAUGUCAUUUUCGACAAUGUCUGAAUACUCUCCGAGAAUCACCUGAAGGCCUUAUGAAUGUUCCCGACAUCCAUAACAGGGUGCAAAAACCACGCCAACUUUCUACAAUGUAUUGUUCAAUUUGAUUGGGUGAUUUCUGACCAAUUACUAUACUCGAUAUCAAUUUGAUUGCUCUGUUUUAUGUUUUCCAAUCGAGAACAGCUCUAAUAAGAGCACUAAAUCCAUUUCUUUUUUUAUUUUCCUUUUUGACAUCUCAAAACUAAAGAAAUUAAUGAAAAAGUUUUGAAAAAGGCCCAGUAGGUAUUUCCCGAAAGAUUUGGUGCUCUAACUGGGAGACAAAAUCUGUAACAAAAGCAGCUGAAUGCAAGUUGAUAAAAUUCUUCUUACUUGCAAUUGCCUAGAGCAAUUAUUCCCCUCUUUUUUUGUACACAGUUUUUAAUGGAAUCAAACCACUAUGAGAUGUAGUCGCAUUUCCAAAGCUUAUCAUUUUCUUAAAAAAUUAGCUACAUGUGUGGAUAGCAUGCUAUUUCACUGUUUUUAUGAUUCUUAAAACUUCGUUUCAAAAUAUUUCGAAAAUGCUCUCAUAGAAUUUGUUCAAACUUUGCCAUAAUUGAGGCAAUUAAGAAGAGCAUUUGAAUUUACCAACAUGCAGAACCAAGAUGGCAGUGACUGGAAAAAAAAUUCUACCAGGAGAUUAAAAAGCCCCCACUAUUUUUCUCCUGACAUAUGUUUUGUAACACUUAUUUUUUACUGUGAAAGGUGUGGACCCAGGAGUCAUUUAAAAGUAGGUUGAGUUUGAUCGUUUGUAAAGUAUUUGUUGGCAAUUCCUAAACUGUUUAUAGGGGCAACCAUUUGCUCUUCGACUACAGUGGGAAAAUGGCAGUGCUUUUACUAGCUGGUCUGGAGAAGUUAUUCACAGCAAAAAGCAUGAUCUCUCAACUGGGUCUUCUUCUGUUGUUGUACUUGGAAAAAAGUUUGCUGAUUCACUGGGACUGGAUAAGGAUCAACAGGUAAUACGUAAUAAAGAAACAUUUCAGUCAGCCAGGAAAAUUACUUUCCUUUUUAUCUUUGUAUUUAAUUUGUAGGGCCGCUGUGCACCCAGGCUGUGCAGUAGCUGCCUUCUCUGUCCGAACCAGAUAAAGGUGCUCUAGAAAGGAAGGAACUAUAUCAUGGCAGUGGAAGCUGUUCUGCUUAAUUUGCCAAUUACUUGCUAUGAAUUGCAACAUUCUUGAAGAAAUUUCUUCUUAAUGACAAAAUCAUUAAUUUAAGUCUGUUUUCAAAUCCUGUAUGGUGUGAACUUUUAUUCAUGUGAAAUUUUUACAAAUGUUUUCCCCACGUGCAGUAGUAAAGGAGUUAGGAAAGGAGAAUUUAGCCUGAAUUUUAGCUGCCUCCUCUGCCCGCUAAGUCACUCUCUCCAUGAAUUUCAGGCUAACAAGAGUUUUUAUGGUCAUUAUUGUGACCUGAUGUUGGUAUUUUUCUUUUUUGUUGAUGUCAUUCAAGGUCCUUGUUGAACCUGUUCUUAGCAUCCCAUCAUGCAACAGAAUCAGCGUAGAUCCACUCAGUGCCAAUGACUGGGAAAUCUUGGUAAGUUGUUUAAGACAACAUCCAGAGGCUACUUGAAAACUGUGAACACUAAUGAUUUUAUUAAUAAAUUCAAAGAAGUUUAAAAAUUCUCAGGUUCUAUAUAGUGUGAAAAGGAGUCAUACUAGUAAAGGUACCUGUGGCCUUGCAGGACUACCGAAGAAUCAUCAAAUGAUAAAAAAUUUGGGGUUUAAUGGGGUUUUUUGUUUGUUUAAGGUACUUGGCAUACAGUCUCUAUCCUCUGCAGUCAGGCCUUGUGGUGUUGUAAUCGGAAGUCUUUGGAAAAGGCAAAAUGAAUGGAAGAUUCUCCACAGCACUAACUUAUAUUUAAUUAUUGCUAAAUUUUUAUUGGAAUACCCAUUGGGAGCCUCUGUGGAGGAGAGAGGUUUAUGUUACGGGUAAAAGUUAUAUUCAGGUUAAAAUUUUUUAACCUAGGUUGAUUUUCCAUUUUUUUUUUGUCUCCUAGCCCUGAUUAUUCAUGAAUUAGAGCUGGAAGACAAAGGAAACUUAGAAUCAAUCUAGGUUAAUGUUAACCUGAAUUUAAUUUUGACCUGCAACAUUAUAUACAGUACUGUAGUGGUCAAAAUGAUGGCACUUACAAGCACCUCUAAUCAGAUAAAGUUUUAUUUCAUGUUUUGAUUUGUCAGGAACUUCAUGCUGGAUAUAUUGAAAGCCAUCUUCUUAACCAAGUGCGUGUGGUGUUUCCGCAUCAGAAACUUCCAAUCUGGAUUCAAAAUAAUACAUGUGUGGUUGUUCAAAUUGGUAAGGUAGAUCAAUGUUUGUGGAAGAUGGUAAAUGUUGGUCCACAGUAAGUAAAAGUUUGAGAAGGUUUCAAUGAAAUUUUCUUUAUGUGGUGUGGGGAAAAGAAAUAAAAUCUGAAGAGUAUUCUUUAAAGUGUGUAGAGAGGAUUCCAUUCAGCAUAGUAUAUUACAACAACAUCAUUUCUUUCAUGGGGUCUUUUUUAGUGUGCUUUUAGUCCCCUACAUCAGAUCCCUUGGGCUUACACAAAUCAAAACAAACAAAUAAUGCAGAUUGAUAGGUGCAUGUAUUGCAUGAAUGCCUAUCUAUGGUAAAAAGUCUUCUCUAACUGGAUUUAAAAAAAAGUAUAAAAAUAUUUGUGAAAAGCGUACUGAUUAAAAAGGUUUCGUUUCAAUGGUCACACCUCAUUUCCAGUCAAUCAAACAAACAACAAACAAACAAUACUUUGUAUUUACACAUAUUGCCCUGCAAAUUAGCAAAGAAAUGCUAUUCAAGGCAGGGAAAAGUAAGUAUUGAAAACAAUGAAAAUUAGUCAACAUAACAUUACAGAAGCUGAUCUGUAUAAUUACAAUCUUCCUUCUUCUCUUUUCCCCCUUUUAGAAAGGAGGCAAUAAUUAUAGCUCCAUUGACAUCCAAGGAACAGGCAUCAGUUGCGUUUUUCUAAUAUCAGUAUAACUUACAAUCCUCUAACCUACUCCGCUCCUUUCCCUACAGUUGAUCUGGAGCCUUGUACCAACUGUGUGAGACUUGAUGAGUUUACAGAAGUUGUUGUAUCACCAAAGACAAGAGAUACAAAAAGUGUCAAACAAGGUUCUGUUUCUUCCUCUCAAUUCACCUCACAGACAAUCAGUCAAACCUCUGGGAUUCCAGACUCUGCACAACAGCUUGCAGAGACAAGUGGUCUAUCAGAUGGUAACAGACAGCCGUCCACAACUGCUUGUAGUGUUGUAGAUACAGAAGAACAGUCUAGAGUCAUUGACACUGGCCUUUUGUCCAGAUUUUCUAGUUACUUUCACACACUAUUUUAUGCUAACGGUAACAAAUCUGUUACAAAUGAAAAUCAGACAUUAGAACCCUUGCAGAGCAGUGAACCUCAAUUGGCUUAUAGUACAUCUAAUGGCGGCAAUACAAUAAGAACUUUUGCAUCCACUUCUCAACUUGACGAAAAUGUUUCGGGGGAAACUGACUUUGAUAUGUGGUUACGAGUACAACCAGAACUUUCAAUGGCCAGCAACAUUUCAAAAUCAUCAGCACUCAAAUACGCAUUUCAGCCAUCUGCAGUGUUUGUUGACUUUGCAUCAUUACCACCAAAAGUUCUGAAGUCAUGGACCUGUAAUCUGGACUUCUUUCCACCAACUGAUGGAACAAUUGUAAAAACAGUGCAAAUAACUAAAUUACUGUCACCAAAAGAAAGGGCUACUGCAUCAAGCACUGCAGCUACAGUUAACAGAGUACCAAACAGUGAUUCAAUAACACAGGAAACUGGUGUAACUGAUGAAACUGAAUCUUUGAGCAGAGCAAGUCAAGGUAUGAAAAGAAGGAUUUUUUUACAAAUCGAAUGUGAAUGUUUGUACAUCCGGUGCUGGGUGACUAACCGCCUACCCCUCCCCUAAGUCACAAUUUUGCCCUAAGUAAGAAGUAUAUAGCGUUAAUGUUGACUUGGGGGGAGAGAGGAAGUCAGUUGUCCAGAAACUUCAAUUAAUCCAAUCCCCAAUCUCUUUGACCAUCACAUUUUUUAAUUAGUUUUAAGUUCUAUUCUUGAUAUCAAGCUGACCAAGCUACUGCAUGCUGUAAGACUUCGGUUGGAACUAGCAGUAGGAGUGCCCUGUGAGAGUGCCAUAUCCCCGUAAAAGCCCAGGUAACAAAAGUGAUGAGUUUUAAAUUUGUUAAUUCUCACAGAUAUACAACCUUCUCACUGGAUUGUAAACAUGGUGAUGACAAGCAGCAGCAGUAGUACCCUUAGCACUAUCACUAAACAUGGCUCUCGCAAAUUGGGUGUGGCAAGUCAUGUAUUACCGCACCACAUUGUUAUGUCCAAUGAGCUACGACAUCUACUUGAUACAAAGGAUCUGUCGUUAGUUAAAGUUCAGAGUGUCUCGUAUGGGCCUUCAGUCAUCAAAGGGAUUAUAUUACAUCCCUUUGGAGAUAAUACACAAGAGGUAUAUAUUUAAAUAUAAAUCAUAUUAUUUUUAUCAACAAUUGAUUUUAGGAAAGCUUUUUUGAAGGUGGCCAUGGCAACCAAUGGAAUGUUAACCACUAAUGGCACUAGAAAAAAUAGCUUUAAUUAUUACAAUGAAAAUUCAGACUGUAUACAGUCUGAAUUUGCAUUGUACUAGUAAUAAAGCAAAAUAGGGCAUGGCAAAUGUAACAAAGUGGCCCUAGGAAAAAAUGGAAUACCUAGAAUAUUCACUGUGACCAUGAGGUAUAUAAAGAUGGAAAAGCAGGAAUUAAAAUGGAUUGGAUAUCAGAUGACCAAGGGAAGACAAGGAAGAAGGGAUUGCUCAGGAACAUUAGUUACCGGUACAUGUAUUUGGAAGAAAGCCGACCAGAAAAACAGUAAAGUUAUCAAGUGAAGAUAGUGUGUAAUUUUGCAGCAUAAUACAUGUAUUAUGUUGAGAGUACGGAGAGUAACGAGAAUUGCUCUUUCCUUCUGGUCAGUGUAAGAAAUAGUAUUGUCAAUUUUGUCAACUUCCUAACCUGCAAACAAGAAAAGUCUACUUGCUUGUGUAUUGUUCACUUUAACAAAAACAUGUUUAGAGCCUUUUGUUCACCUACUGUAUUUCAUUUCAGGACAUCCCAUCCUCAAGUGUGUUAGAUGCUUUUCGUAAGUGGAUAUGUUCUGUGUGUAACAGAGAGACACCCUUGUUACUUUGCAGUGGAAUGUUGUUGACCUGUGAUAUUCCUCAAGGUAGGCCUGCAUUCCAGAUAUGCGCUGAUAAUUAAAAAUAUGAAUAAAUGAUGUAUUCGUCUCUACUUUCAUCCAGCAAGAGUAGUGGGAAAUAAAGGAAGCUCAUACAUUCUGCAGCAACUGAAUUCACUUUAUCACUUAUAACUGAACAAUGCAUGUCAGAGUGCUACUGUUACUCUUACAAAGGAAAAUAAAUGUUUUCAAAGACAUUAUUUACUACUUGAAUGAAAACAAAAAGGAAAGAAAGAAAGAAGAAAAAAGAAAGAGCUAUAUUCUUGGACCAUCAUGCUGAUUAUUUUAUGAUAUGACAUGGCAUGUAGUUUUUGGGGAUCAGAAAAAGUAGUCAACUGAGAUAACUGAAAGUGUGGUGAAGUGAAAUUGAGAUAAUGAAGUUUGACUUUUAUUACUUGUUGUUCUCAUUUGUUAUGAUAAUCAAUCUUCAAUUAUGUGAUUUUAUUUUGCAGCAGGUCAUUCUGUUCAGUUUGUCGUGACAGUACUAAGCCACGAUGAACAAACCUCCAACUCAGCAGACAGACUUUCAUAUUAUCAACUUACCCCUGAAACUCUUAACAGUGUAACAGUUGUCACUGGAACUCCUUCAAAUUCAUUGAACAAUCCUUCUCCAGUGAUAAGUCCUCUUGAAAGCAGGGCACAAAAUCUUAAGCAUAGUAUUGCAGAUCUGGGGUAAGAAGUUAUAAUCAAGUUAUUUUAUGUACCAUAGUAAUACAAUGCUACUAAAGCAGGGCCUGAGGACAUGAUAUAUAUAAAAGCUUGGAUACAUUCAAAGCAGUUUGGUCAAUUUAAUUAUUAUAUGCAAUAAUGAUUUACAGGUGUAGUUUAAAUACAGAGUUUCUCAAGGAUUAAAUAUUCAACGUACUAUUGCCCUUCGUUAUUUUGUGCUUAAGCUUGGCAAGUACCCUGUACAUCAGUAACUCUACACUGCAUAUUUAUAGCCAGUAACCAUUUUAUUUUGUAUCAUUUUUUCUAUUAGUUAAUCCAGGCACAUUAAGUCACCCCUCCCUCACCCCACUUCCAGCAUUUUAUGGGUCAGGCGAGGUCCUAUUAAUUGGCCUUAAGGGAACUAUGGUGUUCCGCAAAUGAACUCAUUUCCUUCAUGACACAACAUCACAAGUGUAAGAUCAGAAGAGUAAAAAUUUGUAUUUGUACGUUUCUUUUUUUUACAGUGGAGUGACAGAGUGCUUUCACAAGUGCCUAGACCAUGCUUUGGCUGCCUUAAAACAGAGGCUAGUAGCAAAUCACCUUGGUGGGAACAUUAUCACAGGAUUACGCAGUGGAGCUUUGUUAAUUUGUGGCAGUGGUGCAGGAGCUGGGGUCGGCUGUGGCAAAACAGCCCUUGCCCAUGCAGUGUGCCAUCAACUUAAUCAAUGGCCUGUCUGUGCUCAUAUCACUGUUGUGGACUGUAUUCCAUUCAGAGGUUUGUGUUAAUCAUUCUACUAAAUGAUAUUUUUAAAGGACUUCAUAAUAAAGUGUUAUUUUCAAGGCAUGUGCAACAACACUACAUGGUCACAUAACAUAAACUGUUUACAGGUAGCCAUUAUGACUCCUGAAGGGUCAUGAGGUUAUCCCCAUAUUAAGAUCUCCUUUCAGAUAACCCGUCCAGCCCAGAAAGGUUGCCCACACCACCGGAAUCUAUGUCCCCUACUCUUUAUGAACAGUGGUGUGGGGUCUUUUCAGUUGUCUUUUACAUCUCACAAGAACCAGAUUAGUGAAAGUGCUGUGAGGUGGGACAGUCUACAGUGUAUGGUUUUUUGUCCUUAUCCUAGAAGACUAGAAAGUAUAACCGUCUGCAAAUGUCAUUACAAAGGCAGCACUUUCUUCUCAGCUCUUUAAUUUAAGACCCUGAUUGUUGAUUAAGGGGUUUGAAUCUGCCACAUCCCACGCAGCAGACUGACGCUCUCCCAACUGAGCUAACCAGGCAGCAGUGGUGGCAUUUAGUGUCUUGCUUGCAGGCUUAUUGGUAGUCCUAACGUGGCAAAGAGAUAGAUUACAGGGUGUGUUCAGUGAUUGGAUUGUAUUUUUCUUGCAGGAAAAAGAGUUGAAUCGAUUCAGAAGCAGUGGCAACAGGUGUUUGUUGAGGCCGCUUGGUAUCAACCCUCUGUUAUUCUGUUUGACGAUUUGGAUCAACUUGUGUCAGCUCCCAGUGCCCUUCAAGAAAUGGGUGGAGAAGCUCUGUACAAGCGUCGACUUGCUCAAGGUGAGAGCUGGUAAUAAGUAUUGACUGUCUGUUACACACUGUUCUCACCCAUCUACAUUGUAUGUAUUCAUGUUUUAUGUUUUUGCAUCAGUCAUUUGAGGAUUUAAAAUAUGUGUACAUUUAGUAUGUUAUUUAAUGCAUUACAUUUUCUUUGGGCUGUUUUCCUACCCGUAUGCUUUGUCAGUAACUGUGCUCACGCUGGGAUGGCUCCUCCUAAAAUGUUCUACAAUAUUAGUAUUGGAUUUAAUGAAGCCAAAACAAAUUGUAGAAUUGCACAGGUUUUGGGCAUCCUACUGUUGAACAGUUGUGACUUUUUUGAGCAAAAAAUUUGCCAUCUGUCCUCUUCGAAGAAAUUAUUUAGGUCAAUUAGCAAGGUAUAUCAGUUAGAAAUCUACAUCAUUUCAUUAUUAAAUUUGUUUAAUCCAUGUAAUGUCCAUAAAGAUUUCUCCAUGGGUCUGUUGGCCUUUUCAAGUAAACAUAAAUUAUUUUUUCGUCUUUCAUUCACCAGUAUUCAAAGAUCUGGUCAAUGCAGAAAUUGGCCACAAUAGCAGGGUGGUUGUCAUAGCAACCAGCAAAUCCCAUGAUUCAUUGCAUCCUUCACUACUGACUUCAAGAGGGUGUCACAUAUUUCAAUGCUGUGUGGAGCUGCAUCCGCCAGAUGCAAAUCAGAGACAAGAAAUCCUGCAUGCAAUGAUAAACAAGCGAUUUCCUCAGGAACUUGAACUCAGGUAGAUAUGAAAUUCUAAACUUAUCACAUGCUUUCACUUUAUAGCCAUACAGUCUCGAAGAUCAUCCUUUAAGCUUUUUGUUUUGAGAAGGACACUGAACUUUAAAUUUUGGGUUUUCGUUGAGCUGUUAAUACUCCCUGUUCCCUGCCUUUUUAAAUGAACCACACUGCUAUAAUUGUGGAUCAAAGAUAUAAGAACUCUGUUUAUUCAUUUACCCAUUUUCUGACUUAAGUUCUACCUCCACUGUCUUGACCUUUCCUUGAUGCAUUUAUUUUGCCAUAUCAUAAACUGCUGCUAAUAAGCCCCCCACCCCACUUAUAACUGCCACCCAGUUAUAGCCCAUCUACCUAUAAGCAAAAAAAAAAAACGUCUGAUUUUAAGCCCCCUGGGAUAUAAGCCCCCCCCCCCUCAUUUAUAAGCCCCCUAAAACCCCUUUCAAAGAUGUAUAAGUCCAUGGCUUAUAAGCAGCUAGCCUGUUCCAGGUGUUCAGAUAUUAAAGCACGGGCAAAAAAUUGACGAGGAAAAAAAACAUAGGAGCCCCAGUCUCUCCUUGUUUUUCCUGCGUACAAUUUAACUCGCUCCCCCACAUCUGAACUCAGCGCUCCACUACCUGAACGCCUAGAACACACUAAUAAGCAGCAGUUUAUGGCAUACUCUGUCAACUAGGUCAUCAUCACACACAGUAAUAGUAUAAUUUAGUGUUGAUAUAAUAUUUUGUGUGCUCAUUUCAGUUCACUGGUGAAGAAAACAGAAGGAUUUUCACCCAAAGAUUUGGGAUCGCUACUUGACCGUGCUUUUCACAAGGCAGCAAUCAGGAAGUUGAAACAUUCAAAAGGUGAAUUGAAAUAAAAUAAAAAAAGUAACACAAAAGGGAAGGGUUAAGUGCAGUAGAUUGAUCUCAGUUAACAGACACCCCAUGUACUAAGCAGACAAGCUUAUUCUCAGCUACAUACAAACACUUUUUAACCUCCUUUAAGCAGCACUACCCCGGUUUGGCUGCUUUUUCUGGUCCUAUGGAUUUCCUCUUUCAAGAGGUUCAAUGAAAUGUAGUAAAUACACUGUAGAUGAGGGUAAUAUAUACAUAUUAUACAUUUGAACGAACAAAAGACUAUUAAAAACAGCUUUAUAUCCUGUGAACUAUUUUCUCUAUAUCCACAGAAGGAGGUUUCGGCCCAGCUAUUACAGCACAGGACUUAAAGGAAGCUGUUGAAGGAUUCACACCUGCAGCAUUGAGAGGAGUCAAGUUACACACUGCAGGGGAGUUAGGUUGGUGUGAUGUGGGUGGACUGUCUGCAGUUAAAGGGGCUCUGGUGGAAACACUUCUGUGGCCGACAAAGGUACACACUGAUUAUAAGAUGCAUUGAAUGGUAACUGGUUAAGUCACCCUAAAGCCAUCUCAUCCAAAGUCACCUGGCCUGUUUCCUAAGGCAAGCCUAAAAUGUUGUUAUUUGAAGUACCAAUAGAAUUAGACAUUGAUAAGUCUAAGGUAGAAGAUGUUGUAACAGUCAUUUGGACUUACCUGUAACUCUCGGACAAACAAAUAAUUAAUACACAGGUAAAACUUACAGCUUUAAGGAGUUAUUAUAAAGAACUGCCCACAUGCCAUUUGUAGAAUGCUCUUCCUACACAUCAUUGUACUUUAUUAGGUAGUGUGUUUCUGUGUACAAUUGCAACUUUGCAAAUCAGUUUGUUUUAUUUUUCAUCAGUACUCAUGGCUCUUCAGUAAAUGUCCUUUACGUAUGAGGUCAGGUCUUCUCCUUUACGGACCCCCUGGUACUGGGAAGACUAUGUUAGCUGGUGUUGUUGCUAAGGAAUGUGGGCUCAACUUCAUCAGCAUUAAAGGACCAGAAUUGCUUAGUAAAUACAUUGGAGCCAGUGAACAGGCAGUCAGAGAUAUGUUUACCAGGUAAUUAAGAGGUUACAUUAAAAAAAAAAUUGGACCAAUUUUUACAAGUUGCUUAUUCGUUUCCAUCCAGGCCAUGGAACGCCAAAGACGUGCACUCAUGGUUGAGCUUUUAGUCACUAGAAGAGCAAUUCCAAAUAAAACUGAGCCAUUAUUGAAGGGUUUUCUUUGAUUUCAAAUCUGUUUUAACGGUUUCAAAUGAAUACCAAACAGUCGUGAAAUACAAUGUAGCUCCUUUUAGGAAAAGGAAAUUUGUGCAACGUAAUGCGAUGUUGAGUGAUAUAAAGACUAGUUACAGUAUUUUUAAAAGCUCACUUCCACUUCUCAAAAUCCACGAUGCUUCCUAUAAUACAGGCAUCUCUCUAUUAUGGACAAUUUCACCUGCUCUCACAGAUACCGAAUUUCACAUGUUCCCACCUCUUUAGUACAGUCACCCCUUUGAUGAGGGCAAAAGCCCACGUGGGAUAUAUCAUAGUUCUAACAUGACUCCGAGCGGACAAAACUGCAAUUCCAUUGUCUUGAAGAAACUUGAGAACAAAGAAAGCCCAACCAAAUAUAGAAAUAUGACCAGAAAGCCUCAGAGUCAUGUUAGAACGAACAUGUGCUAUUGACUCGCCUUCCCUAGCUGUUCCUUUAGUGUUCAUAUUGAUGAUGUUCAAUUGUAUUGGAAUGUUCUUCAAGAGCAAUAUUAGAGACCUUUAGAUUCGAGGACGUAGUGCAUGAGCCAGGUAGGGUCACUGAUACCACUCGGGGAGACAAAGGCUCUCCUACAAGGACGACUACGAGUACGAGAUUUGACUUGAAGUUUUUUCGCGUCUUCUCAAAAUAUAGACUUCCCGGAAAGCUUCAUUUUACCAUUUUUCACUAGAAAAGUUAGCAUUGUUAUCUUUAGUGAAGGAGGUUACGCGCUCUCCCGAUCCCACUAUAAUGAUAAAACUUCUAACAUUUGGUUUCUUGUUUUCGCCACCACGACAUUCGCGCGAAAACUCGUAGUAGAAUGACGACGGCUACCACAUUUUCCCGCCAAAAUAACACUGGCUCACGCAACACCGCGGCAAAACGUCUACGCAUGCGCCAGGUUGAGCAUUUCCGGUCUCUUUUUCAGUCACACUUUCCAGUCAGACCAAAGUCUCCCGCGCGCUCUCGGCUUCAUUCUGUGUGCAGCUUGUGGUUCAGUUGUUCUGCUUUAUGCUGCUCGUGUUUUUGACUAUUUUGUACUUAUUGAAAUUGCUUUUAUGGAUAACCAGGCACAGAUCACUGAAACAAUUAGUCGAUUAGAUUCAGAAAAGGUAAGAUGAUAAUAACUCAGUGUGUAAUUUUGGCUAGAGCGUCAGGUAAACUGAUUUUCAUUCACGAAAAUAAAGUUUUUGACUGUUAUUUUUCACUUAACCUGGCUGAAACUAAGACAUAAAAUUAAAACGUUAUCAUUGCAAGCUUGUGUAUUGUAGUUCUAAUUUUCAGUUCUUCAGUUUCUCAGUCUACAUGUGUUAAAGCCGAUUCAAACUUUAUUUGGAAAACGACAACACACAAUCGCUUUGUAGUUUUGUUUACCAGUGGGUUUUACCGUGUUUUAAAACGAAACUCUUCUGGGUUGAUUGCCAUGAAACAUAAGCUUAAUUAUACUGUUGAGCCGGUUGGCAGCAAGUUGACAACUCUAUUUAUUUAUUUUUUCAUUCUCAGAAUCAGAGAGCGAAAGCUGGUUCAGUGGCUUUUAGAAGUCGAACUUUUCAUGCCAUGUAUUUAGCAGCUAGAAGUUUCGUGUUUGCAUGAGAUGCAGCCGAGCCGCACAGUCUGAAAUUAUUGAAGUCUUCAACAAAAGAACAACCAUGUAAAAGAAUUAAAUAGGCAUUUUCUUCAAUGAAAGUCAUUUAUAGGCAUGUUUAGUUUCCCGGUGACUGCAGUCAUCAAAGUCAAAGUUGUUAUUAAAUCCCGCCCAUCUUUUGUUUUGAGUUCUUGUUUUCUCUGAUAAUAAAACAAAUUAUUGAACGGACUAAAAUUUUAUUUCCUGGUUUUAGUGUUUUUAUGAUAAUGAUGACGUCUUUAUUUUGGUUUCUUUCAUAAGUAUUGUUAUUCUUUUCUUAGUUGUCGCCUUCUCCCAAAUUAACUUAUGCCAAACCAGUAGCAUGCAAGAAAGCCAGUAAAAACAAAUUCGUCUUGUCGAGCGCUCGCGAGCUACUGCAAACUUCAAACAUGAUUUUCACCGUUGGUGCAAACAGAUAACCAUGUGGUGCAAAAGUUUGAGAAUAGAAAAAUAUAUAAGCUUUCGAAUGAAGUGAUUUUUUGGGCCCCCUUUUUUGCCUGUUUCGCCCUUUUUGCUUGUAAACUUGGCGCGACGGCAAAGUUAUGCUUACGCUAUUGGUUUAUAUACUAGACCGGAAAUAAAAAGCUGACCGGAUAUUAAAUUUUGUGCUCAUGCGCAUUGCGUUUUGCCGCGGUGUUGGCUCACGCGCGUACACCACUUCAAGUUUGAGAAAAUCUCGUACUCGUCUUAGAAUACCUAGAAUCUAAAGCUCUCUGUUACUUUAAAUUUAAUACAGAGCCCAGAGUGCCAAGCCUUGUAUUCUGUUCUUUGAUGAGUUUGAUUCACUUGCACCUCGCCGUGGGCAUGACAGCACAGGGGUAACAGACAGAGUUGUCAAUCAACUUUUGACCCAGCUGGAUGGAGUUGAGGGACUGGAUGGAGUCUAUAUACUGGCUGCCACGAGUCGUCCAGAUUUGAUAGACCCUGCUCUUCUCAGACCAGGAAGACUAGACAAGUGUUUGUACUGUGGUAUACCAGAAAAGGUAAUUUUGUAAGUGGGACAAUAUGAACCGAAUAAGUACUGGUUGCCUCAUACGCGUAAAGGGACCUGGAGAUGACACAAGCCCUGCUGUUUUCUGUUUGCACGUCUUAUCUGGCAUUACAAUCGAGCCUCCAUGUGCCACCACCUCUCGUAAGCGACCCCCUCCCAUAAUAUAAGCGACCACUCAUCCAAGUCAACAACAUUUUCCCAGUCAAAGCCUUAUAGCUGUAACCCUCGUAAACGAUCACCUCUCGCAAUCGACGGAAACCACUUUUACAAUGAUGGUUUUAUAAUUUUUCAUUGUUUUUCAUCUCUUGUAAGCCAUCACCUCUAUACAAUGCGGAAUGCCUAGUCUAAUCUUUGUAUUUGAGAAGAACUUUCAGAAACAACAUGGGCUUACAUAUAUUGUAACCUAGAAAUUGUAUAAUUACAUUUCCUCCAUGAAGUAGAUGUGUCCCGACUUCUUCUCUUAAAGACCUCCAGCAAUUCGAAUCGUAAGCGACCACCACCCGUUGGCGACCACUGUUUACGGGAGCUUCGACUGUAUAUUCAUAUUAAACUGAUUCAAAUUAAACUACCUACGCCUCCACAUUUAAAGACUAAGUCUUAGAAGGAAUCGUGUGAUAUUGUCCCUGCUGUUUGGGAUGUGUUUCAAGUGUGUAUUCUAGAAUAACAUUGAAAACUUCUAGUUCAAACCGAAGGCGAUUAUGCUUGUACAAUAACAAGACAAUUGGGACAAUUGUUUCAAAAAGUGGAUAUUUUCAAUAACUUUAGGCUGAAUCUAGUUAUUCAUUUUACAGUCAGAGAGACUUGAAAUCCUACGAGCCCUAUCAAGAUCUCUUCUCUUGGCCAAGGACACGAAGCUAGCCGAUAUUUCAGACAUGUGUGAAAACUUUACCGGAGCGGACUUGAAAGCCCUGUUGUACAAUGCCCAGUUAGCGGCAAUACACAGGAACACCAGCAAUAGUCAACUGUAUAAAGGCCUGUUUAACAAGGACAGUGAAAGAGGAGAUGAUGAAAAUGACAGUUUGCAAAAUAAAGAUAUAAAAGAGAAGGUUGUUUACAUUCCUAACUUGGUAAAAGGUCCUGUACACGUCUCAUCAGACGAACUGACAAAGCUGUAUUCCGAGGUAAGUGAAAUAUCCGUUAGUCUGCGACAACAGCCGUCUCUUUUCGCCGCUAGGAACGUUUUGAUAAACGUCCCUAGCGGGAAAAAGCGAGGAGAGACAGCUGUUAUCGCAGGCUAAAUAUCCGUGUUCAUAGUCGGAAUGAGUAAAUAAUCGGUGAAUAUUUCUGUUUUCAUUAUAAGAACAAAAAAAAUGUAUGUAUGACUAUAUGGCAGGCUGAACGGGCUAGUUGCACAAAGUUUUGAUAAUUGAAGUCGCCAAGCAUUGAUAUUUGAAAGUUGAAUACGGUAAUUUUUGCCGGGUUGGCUAGUAGGACAUUUUACUCACUUGCACAAAAUUUCGAAGAAAAAAUUCAUGUAAAAAUGAAAUCUAUAGUCUUAAUUCUUGUUGCCUAGAGUGCUAACAUUUGAUUCCUUUCUAUUAGGUUAUGGUUAUCGAAGAACAUCUCCGACAGCGGAACGGGAGUGAUAAAAAGGUAUAAGAAUGGAUUAUAAUAAAUGAUGGUUGUAAUUGAAAGCAAGAUCUCAGCGAGAGUGAUUAUCCCUCAUUAGGAUGCACGGAGUUCAACAUUAAUCAAUCAUACAGUUCCAGUCAGCACUUUCUGUGCUGGACUUUGUAAGGGUCACUGACUAAACAGUUGACGGUCGUUUCGCCAACCGUGAAGCAGCAAUUUGUUUGACCUGGCUCAUUUGCAAAACGACUUACCGCGUUAGCGAACAGGACUUUAGCGAAAUGACCGGUCACCAUGUUAACGAAGGCGGGCAAUCCAUUAUUCUUAUUGCACUUUUAAAUAUAUUGCUCUGCUCUUCCCUAACGAAAAGACGUUCUUUUAAAAUUGGAUAACCCCUUAAAGCAAGUAUUCCUUUGCAACGAAUUAGAGGAAUAAAAAGUUUAAACGUUGUUUCUCUCCUCGUAGAUGACAGCCACUGAAGUAUCAAAGCAACAACCAGCAGGUGGAAUAGAAAUCAGUCAGUCUGAUUUGCUACAAGCUGCGUCAUCCAUGGGCCCCUCCGUGUCCGACAGCGAAAGGCGUAAAUACCAGGCAAUGUACGUAUUGAACAUCUUAAAGUGCUUGUUAUGGGCUGGUGGCGGUAGCCUGCGUGGCAGGCGCAAAAAGCAAGGGGUGGGGAGGGGCAAAAGCGCGAAAGGGUAAAGAGAAACCUCUCCCCAAUCCCCUCUUCCAAAUUUCCGUCUCCCCGACCUCCUACCCGUCCCUACUGCUUUUGACGCCUGCGAAGAAGGCUAGGCUGGUGGAAUGCUGGUGGUAAUCAUGUCAAUUGCAGCCUUGGUUUGACUCCUCCCCAAUCGUCUUAUAUCGUUAGGGAGUUUACUCAACAAGAGGAUGACAAACCGCUUGAGUGGGACAAACGUGACGAGGCUAUUACUCGCGUGUUUUGUCGGGAAGUCACUUAACAUUGAUGCGUUUUGCUCUUGUACAAAAAGAUCUGUUCAAAGGAAUGUGAAGUUUUGCGGAAGGUUUUUUCAAACAAAAAUAUUGUCACGCUUGUCGCACAAGGUUUGCUGUCGUCUUUCCUCUCCGGUCCUGUUGCGUAAGUUUACUAUUUUUGAGCCCGAUAACGGAACAAUAGGGAGCUUAAAAGCAACAGCGAUUUCGAGCGACGGACGUCAACCGGAAGUGGACUUUUUGCAUCAUUGGGCAGUGGUUUGGCUCAAACUCUCGGGUAAAUCGUCUUUAUAAGAGAAAAGAAACUUAGCAAUACAAAUUUGUUAGCGCCAAGGCCUAUAAAAAGGGAGAAGGCCUCACUUCCGGUUGACAUGUGUCGCUCAAAAACGCCUUUGCUUAAGCUCCCUAAUCAUGGGAGACUAUUACGGCAUCUCGACGAAGAGGACGAUGGCAAAGGAGAGAGGGGGGGGAAAGAAGAAACGCGCCUACCCGCGCUCGCACUUCCCUCGUUUUAUAUUAUUUUUGAAAAUUAGUAGGGAACUAAAAAAGAUAACCUCCCACGCGGACUUUCUUAGAAGAAGCCCUAAGAAGGUUCGCGUGGGAGGCUACAAAAGAGACUACUUUAGACGAUCAAAACCUGGAUGCCAUGGUUUGUUAAGAGUGUUGGACAGUGGUUCCCUGUUAGCAGAGGCCUCUUUUCUCUGCUAUUCGGAGCCUUUACUGGCGGGGAAGACAGUGUGAACGGUGCCAUGAGAAGUGAAGAGGAAAAACAAAGCACAGGGGGUGGUGAAAUGCCUUGAAGGUUCCAAGAGGAUUACUCUAGACUUUGGUCUGUGAUGGUGAUUUCAGAGAGGAAAUUUUGUGGGCGUUACUGUUACAUUAGAACUUACGGUCACCACAAUGUUAUUUUGUUUUUCAGAUAUGAUACAUUCAUUAAAUCGCGUGGAGGAGAUUUUGGUCAAAAUUCCACUGGACAAGGAAAAGCAACUUUAGCCUGAACGUUUCGGUCUGGAUGCGAUACCAGAGACAUGGUAUACAUGAGAACCAACCCAAAUGGCUCAAAGCGUGUGAACCAAUGAACUUUGGAACUGAACUUAGUCUAGAUUUCAGUGCUACAAAAGAAGCACAUUAUGUAUGCCACUGACAUGGCUUCUAAUAACUUUUUUCAAGUUACCAUAUUUACUCAAAUAAGCUCCGCAUUGAGACGUUGAUUCUGUUAAAACGGAAAAUAAUAAUACCGCGUCCAACUUUCAAAUAAACACCGCCCUCGAAUAAGCGCCGCAUUUAAGGCUUGAAAAGCGUUGCAGCACUUUUUCGAGUUAAUACGGUAUGUCAAGUUUACAAGCCAAGUAACGCUCAUUAUUUCCAAAAAUGUGCUUAAAAAUACGAUACAGAACAUAGCACUGGCCCAAGGAUAGAGAGAGAGAUUUGCCAUUUUCUCAAAUGUUUCAUACGUUGUGGUUCAAUUUUAUCCUUGGUUUAAAUUUUAUUUUCUUUUGUUUUUGUGUAUGGUAAUGUAUGAUAAUGAGUUUGAAACAAAAGAAAAUAGUGGCCACACGACCACAAAAAAUUGGCCCUGCAAACAACACGCACGCCUUCUGUAACAGCUACAAUAAUGACUGACAGUUCACUUUUAAAGUCUUUAAUUAUUUUGCUUAGGAAAUUAUAUUUUACAUUUAACUCUACCCUAUGGCCAAGAUAAUUAAUGAGUUUGUUAUUGUGCCAAUUAAACCCAGU